CUACGCCACAAAAUAUAGAAAAUCUAGAAAACAAAAUCUAGCGCGCACAAUAGAAAACAUCGAUCCUAAAAUCUCUAAACUGCGCCUCGUUUUGCUACGACACUUAAAACUCCACUUGCUUUCUCUCUCCAAACUCCUGGUUCUCAGACUUGCACGCUUUGUGUUCUGUAAUGAAACAAUUCCAACUACUACUCCUGUUCUCUUUCUUUGUUUCUUUCUGACUUUCCCAAUUCGUCUCUUAUAUUUCUAAUAAUAUGGGCUCGACCCAUUUGUUAAAAACCGGGUUAUCUCCUCUUUGUGCCUCUCAAUCGACCAAAACUAGCCUUUUCUGCUCUAAAUUUACAAGUUUCAGAGGUUUUAAAAGCAGCCCAUGUUUUAAAUAUGUUGUUCAUAGAAGAUUUAGUGUUUGUUCUAAGCUUCAAGAAGGGGACAGGCAAAGCAAUGGUGAAGAACCUACAGAGUCUUUGUUCAUGAAAGAAUUAAAAAGACGUGGUAUGACCCCCACUUCCCUGCUCGAAGAAAGCAACAGGAGCUAUGUUGAUGAUGAGAUUAGAUUUAAGGAUGAAGAUGGUGGAUUUUCAAACAGAAAUGCAGUGUCGACUGAUAUGGAGAAGAGUUUGCUAAAUCAAAGGGAACGUUCCAUUGCCUUGAAUAGUGAAGGUCUUGAGGGAUUAUUUCCACGUGCGAAACUCUUGCUAUCCCUUGGAGGAACAUUUUUCUUGGCUUUUUGGCCAUUGAUCAUCUUAACUGUUGCAUCCUUCACUGCUGUAUAUCUUUAUUUUGGAUCUAGCUUUGUCCAUGAUGGCAAGGAUCAUGCGGCACUACCUCAAUACAUAGAUCCGUAUGCUCUUUUGGAGGAAGACAGGAUAUCUCAAACAGCACCGCGUCUAAAGUGAAGGACGUGCACACCAACUUCUCCGUACUUAAGUUAUAUAGGUUGCCGUUGCUCGUUUGCCUUCACCUGGAUUCUUUCCCCGUAAAAAUGUUAGUGACAGGUUCAAUGUCUAUAGCACUUUUCCCCCAGUUAUGCCAGUCCUAUUGGAGUGUGCUAUAUAUAAUCCUUUACAACGUGUAAUGUGUACUUGUUUAAUAGUAGCAAAAUUAUGAAAUUAAUAUAAUUUAACCAAUGUUUCAUUAUAUUUAGUUUCUUUUGGAA